ACCCAAACCCGAAUUGACUCGAACCCAAAAUAACCCAAACACCAAGUGACCAAACCCGAACCUAAUCGGACCGACUGAUUUACAAGCUCUAGCAAUAAACCAUUUACUCCCUCUGUCCUAGAGUAUUUGUCCACUUUCAUUUUUACACACCAUCCAUUAAUACACUUCUUUAAUCCACUUUAUUUUGUAAUUUGUAUAUUAAAAAAUUAUGGCAAUUAUAUAUUAAUAAUCUACUCCCUCCGUUCCACAAAACCUUUCCCUUUUCGUUUUUUUCAAAUCCUUAAAACAUUUUCAUUUAUUAUUAUAAAAUCACUAUUACCCUUACUUUUUCAUACUCUACAUAUGACAUCAUACUUUUUUCCUAAUAAUCAAACUAUCACAUCUUACUUUUACCUAUCACAUCAGGGUAAAAUUGUAAAGUCAACCAAAAUUACAUUUUCCUUAUUUUUGCCAAAAAUCAAAAGUGGAAGUGUUUAAAAGAAUAAAGGAAGUAUAUGUUAAGACAAAUCAAACAAGAUCACACAUGGCUAUAUUUAGGCUUACAUAUUGAGAGAAUUUGAUGAAUCAAAGUGAUUAGAUGAACAGUUUCAAAAGUCAAAAGUGGACAAAUAUAGCGGGACGGAAGUAGUAUAUAUUCCGUAAUAUUCUCUCCACCUCAACAAAAAAUCAAAAAUUAAUAAAGAUUUCUCUUAAUCUUUAUAACUUCACAAAAAAUACUCCAUACCUCAACAAUUUUCAAAAAGAAAAAAAAGAAUAAAGGAAGGUUUAAAAUAAAUGAUAUCAGGACACGUGUUCGGUUAGUCCCCUAUCCAAACGCCCGUAUAUCGGUUCAACGGUCCAACCCUAGUUUUGCCCCUACAUAUAUAUAUAUAUUUAAUGAUGGGACUGCCACCCAAAGACACUCUCCCACCUCACUCACUCCUUUCUAACGCCGCCGCUGGCUGGUCUGCGUAUUCCAAUGGCGAGAGAUGGUGCAGCAGGUGGGUUUGAAAGGCUCAUAUGGACGCUCAACAACCUCACACAGGCCUUGGCCUCUCUCCUCGUGGUGCUGCAGCCCCCAACAGCAGCAGCACCUCUUGACGAGGAAGAAGAAGCUCUAGGAAGGGUGGGAAGGAAGCUUGAAGAGUUUGAAUCGAAGCAGAAGGGUGACAUGGCCUUCUGCUUCGAUUCAAACUCUUCAAGCUUCCUUCCCACCCUUCCUAGAGCUUCUUCUUCCUCGUCAACAGGUGCUGCUGCUGUUGGGGGCUGCAGCACCACGAGGAUUGUGGGAUUUACCAGUGCGAGGAGGGCGGAGGAGUACCUCACCCCGGUGUUUUUCGCUCUUGUGGUCUCUUUCGUGUCGGCCCUCUCGUUUUCUGCGGUGCGGGUGUGGGGAACCAGGACCGACUUCCGGUUGGUCCUCACAGCCAACCAGAGGCUCAAAGAAGAGUUUGAGAAGUUCCUGGAGCAAGAGAACGUGAGGAGAGCCCCUAGGAAGAACCGUGGAUGAUUUAGGCACUUGUUGGAGACAUUUCUACUUGUGGUAUUGCCAAGGGAGGAUGCGCCGCCAGCCGCACCAACUAAGGUGGUGGAGACUGAUGCCCGUAAAAGGGUCGGAGAGGGUAACCUCUUUUGACGAAAAACAGAAAAAUUGCAUCCCGUGGUAAAGUACUGCUUCAUCCAAUUUACUAUUGAAAUUGCAGUCUUUUCCCUCCAAGCGGUCUUUCUGUAUCUGGGCGGCCUGCGCUCUACUUCCGGCUCAGGCGGACAUUAGUAGCUUUUUAUGGUUUGCUUACUUUAUUACUCCCUCCGUCCCGCUAUAUUCGUCCACUUUUGACUUUUGGAACUGUUCGUCUAAGCAUUUUGACUCAUCAAAUUCUCUCAAUGUGUAAGUCUAAAUAUAGUCAUGUGUGAUCU